UAAAGAUUGAAGAAACAUUCAGAGUCAAACAUGAAGAUCCGCAGGAACAAACAGACCUACUUGAAAAUAAUAAGGGGAGUAAAGAGGAAGAACAUCAUGUCAAAAUUGAGGAAAAAACUCAUUUACAGACUGAUGAUAUUUCGAAAAGAAGAGACAAGAAUAGUUUCACCUGCUCUCAGUGUGGAAAGAGCUUUGGAAGACAAAGCAGUCUUAAAAUUCACAUGAGGAUCCACACUGGAGAGAAACCCUACACAUGCUCUCAGUGUGGGAAGAGUUUUAGCGUAUCAUCGCACCUUAAUCUACACAUGAGGAUCCACACUGGAGAGAAACCAUUUAGGUGCACUCAGUGUGGUAAGAGUUUUAACUGCACAUCACCCCUUAAUAAACACAUGAGGAUCCACACUGGAGAGAAACCAUUCACAUGCACUCAGUGUGGGAAGAGUUUCAGCCAAUCAUCAUCCCUUAAUCUACACAUGAGGAUCCACACUGGAGAGAAACCAUUCACUUGCACUCAGUGUGGGAAGAGUUUUAACUGCUCAUCACACCUUUAUCUACACAUGAGGAUCCACACUGGAGAGAAACCAUUCACUUGCACUCAGUGUGGGAAGAGCUUUUACUGCCCAUCACACCUUAAUCAACACAUGAGGAUCCACACUGGAGAGAAACCAUUCACAUGCACUCAGUGUGGGAAGAGUUUCAGCCAAUUAUCAUCUCUUAAUAAACACAUGAGGAUCCACACUGGAGAGAAACCAUUCACUUGCACUCAGUGUGGGAAGAGUUUCAUCCACUCAUCACACCUUAAUCAACACAUGAUGAUCCACACUGGAGAGAAACCAUUCACAUGCCAUCAGUGUGGGAAGAGUUUCAGCAAAUCAUCAUCGCUUAAUAGACACAUGAAGAUCCACACCAGAGAAAAACCCUUCACUUGCAAUCAUUGUGGGAAGAGUUUCAACCAAUCAUCAUACCUUUAUAAACACAUAAGGAUCCACACUGAAGAGAAACCAUUCACAUGCACUCAGUGUGGGAAGAGUUUCAGCCAAUCAUCAUACCUUAUUAGACACAUGAGGAUCCACACUGGAGAGAGACCAUUUAUAUGCACUCUGUGUAAAAAGAGUUUCACCCAAUCAGCAUCCCGUAAUCUACACAUGAGAAUCCACACUGGAGUGAAACCAUUCUCAUGCACUCAGUGUGGGAGGAGUUUCAUCCACUCAUCACACCUUAAUCAACACAUGAUGAUCCACACUGGAGAGAAACCAUUUACAUGCAAUCAGUGUGGGAAGAGUUUCAGUAAGUCAUCAUCGCUUUAUAGACACAUGAUGAUCCACACUGGAGAGAAACCAUUCACUUGCACUCAGUGUGGGAAAAGUUUUAUCCACUCAUCACACCUUAAUGAACACAUGAUGAUCCACACUGAAGAGAAACCAUUCACAUGCCCUCAUUGUGGGAAAAGUUUCAGCAAAUCUUCAUCGCUUUAUAGACACAUGAAGAUUCACACCGGAGAAAAACCAUUCACAUGCACUCAGUGUGGGAAGAGUUUCAGCCAAUCAUCAUAUCUUAAUAAACACAUGAUGAUCCACACUGGAGAGAAACCAUUCACAUGCUCUCAGUGUGGGAAGAGUUUCAACCAAUCAUCAAACCUUAAUCUACACGUGAGGAUCCAUACUGGAGAGAAACCAUUCACUUGCACUCAGUGUGGGAAGAGUUUCAACCAAUUAUCAAAUCUUAAUAAUCACAUAAAGAUCCACACUGGAGAAAAACCUUUCACAUGCUCUCACUGUGGGAAGAGUUUCAACCAAUCAUCAUCCCUUAAACAACACAUGAUGAUCCACAAUAGAGAGAAACAAUUUACAUGCACUCAGUGUGGGAAGAGUUUCAGCCAAUCAUCAUACUUUAAUAAACACAUGAGGAUCCACACUGGAGAGAAGCCAUUCACAUGCAGACAAAACAACCAUUAAAACCAGAAAAGAAAAAGACAGACGGAAUAGCUGAUAGCCUGUCAGCUAGCAUUGCAGCAAUACAUACGGACAUCAAAGCUUUCCGGAUGGAUAUUAAAAGUCAAUCAAAAACUGGAUGGCCUUAUCAUGGACCUAAACGCAACCGCAGAAAAGGUCAACGAAGCAGAGCAACGAGUUGGAGAAUUGGAGGAGAACAAUGCUGGGAGGAAAGAAAUGCUCAAUCAAUCCAUCCAUAUUCAAGAAAAUUUACAAGAGAAACGGUGAGAUCUAGAAACACUCUUCCGUAGAAAUAAUAUUCGGAUCUUUGGAAUCCCGGAAGGAAGCGAAGGGAAUAAUAUCCAAGACUUAGUGGAAACGAUUAUCAAAAUGGAGCUGUCACUCGACGAAUAUGACCUUAAAAUCCAACGGUGUCACUGGGCACUCGGACUAAAACCACCCACUGAUGCAACCCCACACUGUAAAAAAAUUAUUUCCAUGAUUUGUCAUCACAACGUUAUUUCUUUUGUCAAGUCAACUAGAUUCACUAUAGUAGUUGAGAUAACAAAAGAUUUUUAGUUUAGGUUGAUUAAAAUGAUAGCAUGGUGGUAACUCACUGAUUUAACAUGAAAAAAAUUAGUUGAUUCAACUAAUAGAUUAGUUCACUUGACUCCUGAGACUUCGUUUACCCUGUGCAAGCGCACAAUGCUCCGGGGUCAACACAGAAAGCAUUGUCAUUUUCUCCCCUUUAGAGACGAGCAAGUUUUAUGGUAAGUCCUUUUAAAAAUCCUUUUAAACGUUUCAAAAAUGUUGUCUAAGAGUGAUUUGAAGUAUUGCUGAAGAAGUUAGCAGUGGUCAAAAAUAGAACUUUAUUAUAAUUUUGCCUCAAAAUGUGGAUGAAAGUCAUUAAUGGCCUCUGUCACCUGGUCCUUUGAGCAUAACAUUACCUAUCAACCCUGCUGUUUUUUCCAUAUUUUACAGUUUUAUCCCGCUAUCAUCCCAUAAAGGUAUUUUCCCUAUUUUUUCCUGUAUAUUUUUAGUCUUUCUCUGAAGGGUGGCAAAUAAACAUUAAAGAGUCGAGCCUCCCUAUACGCAACCCAUACCGCCGAACCACUAGAAGGCGUCGAUUGUUCUUAAAUACGAGUCUGUUCUGUGCUUUUGCCUUGUUUAGGGUAGGAAAACACUUUGAAGUAAACAUUAAUACGGCGUGAUUCCCUUCCUUUUCAUUACAGGUGAGGUCGCCCCUUCAUAUGCAUGUCUCAAAACAGUCAUAUAACUUAAUGGUGCAUGACUGUCAGGUGACGCGCUCUAUAAUGAUGAAAAGACACUGUUUCCCAAACUGAUUCUGUACACGCCAUUUGAACAGGAGCAAGAGUCUGGGUUUUGGCUUUUAAACCAAUGAUCAGGGCAGCUUCAGUCACGCCAACCAGUUCUGUCCAAACCAGCUGCGGGUCAUGCUCACCGUAAACAAACUGGAUUGCGGGCAUGCAGAGAGAUGGCGUCAGACUUUUGCCAGCUGUUUGCUAAUAUGAUGCAGAUUACACAGAAAUAAAGAGGCCCAACUUCAAUAUUUCUGCAGAAAGAAAGUUUAGGGCUGUGGGAGACCCAUCUGCAGCAGUGAUGCUGACCCGGAGCUGAAGGCUUUCUCUCCACAGCCUCUCGCUCAACUGUGCUUCACUUUGGCUCACAGAGUAACCUCAGACCUUCACCUCGUUCAUCAGCAUAUAUGCAUCAACCCUCACUGCGUCUCUGACAGUGGAAUAUUGGAGGUCAUCACAGGCUCGACGUGAAUGCAGAACUGUCCACGUUUGCUUUCUAGAUUCUUCCAGUGGGUUUACAAGGAUGAGGCUGUCGGCAUCUUUUUACACAGCAUUCACAAUUUAGCACACAUUAAAGACAUGUUAGUGUGGCACCCACAUAAAUGUUGGCCAAUUUACUGAAAAAUUAUUUUAAAAGGUUUACUUUUAAAUGGGUCUGAUCAAAUAUUUUUCUUUCACUAUGCACACACUCACACAGAUACUUAAACAUAUAUAAAGAGUAAACAUGCUGGUAUUAACACUGCUUAUGAUUUUGUGCUAUAUAAAUAAAACAAGAAUUUGAGUUGAAUUAGAAUUUGAACUUGAAUUAGGGUUGAAGUUUAUUUAACCAUAAAUGCAGAUAAGAUCUGUUGAUCAAAUUUUUGCAAACAAAAAGUUGCCAAAAAACACAUAUUUUAAAACUUAUUUUAAUUGUUUUAAUAUUUGAUGUUGUUGUUUUUUUAAUACAAAACCUCUAAAAACCUUUAGUAUAAUAAACAGAUUUUUAAGUACCUUG